AUGUCAAGUACCAACUUUCACUCCAUCACCUCACAAGAACCAACGUCAUCAUCAUGUCGUAAGAAUCAAAAAACAAAACAAGAAACAAGAAAGACUUGUCAUGGUAUUCAAAAACCAUCCUACACUUCUCCAUUGACCUUUGUACCUUACCAAUUUAAAAAAUCACAGAGAAAUCAUUCGCCUUGUAUUUUCGCUGUCUUUCGAAGAGCAAGGAAGAUUACCACUCAACCGUACGAACAAGUGUUAUUGGAUGUCAUGGUGAUGAAAGAAGAACAUUCCAUUCAGACAAGAUCUCCACCACCUUGUCAUAUCCAACCUCUCUCGAACACUACUAGGAGUAUCAAUGCUCAUCUUGCAUCGAAUGAACAACAACUUCCAAAUGAGCUGUUGUCAAGAGCAUUCACGUGUCAGAUGCACUCAGAGGACUCGCUCACAAGUGUUUCGUCCAAUAACCAUUCAAACAAUCAUGAUGGUAAUCAUUCAGCAUCAUGCCCAGACUUGUACGACUCUUCUGCAAAUAAGAAAAAAGUGAUUCGAACGAGAAUGCUUUCAAUGCAAGAACUCUUAAAUUGA